CAAGUACAGUCGUCAGGAUCGUACCGAUAGUGUCGCUUUCUACGAUUAGUUGUGAUAAGUGAGGGCGUACGUCAUGGACGAAAAAGAAAACCAAGGAAUAGAAUCCUGGAUCAGAGAAUCAAUGGAUCCAGAAAAAUUAUCCAACAUGAAGAUCGAAAUUAUGGAAACGGAUAAAAAAACUGAAGGACUCGCAUCCAUCCUGGUGUUUGCCAAAGUUACUGGAACUGACAAUUACAGUAAUCAUAAGGAAAUUGACUUGUUGAUAAAAGUGGGUAGAAGAAGCAACGAGGAACUCAUGAGACAGGUUUAUCGAAGGGAAUUGGUUUUCUAUGAAAGGGUUAUUCCUAUGUUUCGCAAGUUUUACUCGGCUAAAGAUAUGAAAAACAAUUUCGAUGCCAUUCCCAAGUGCUACAAAACUUUUAUAUCUGGCGAUAUCGAAGCUGUAGUUCUGGAAAAUAUGAGAAGCAGAGAAUUCACAGUGCUCGAUUUACAGAGCCCAAUGAAUUUGAAUCAUGUCCGGCUCGUUUUGGAAAACUACGCGAAAUUUCACGCGAUGUCCUUCGUAUUGCAGGAUCGAGGCAGCCAGGAAUUCAAUGAAUUGACAGCUGACCAGGUCUCGCUGAUGAAACAAAUGGUGCUGACUAUGGGAAUAUACAGAAAUGAAGACAGGGGUCUGAGGAAUUUGAAGAAAACUGGGAGGGAAGAUUUGGUAGCUGCAUAUGAGAAAGUGAUCAAUCGGAGCAAAGAAACAAUUAUGUUGGAUAUUUUCAAUGAUGUUCCGAAAGAAGCUGUGAUAACACAUGGUGACUGUCACAUUGGUAACUUCCUGUUCAAAUAUGAGGAUAACGACCCAAAAAACCCCGUGGACGUAGUUAUCAUCGACUGGCAAACAUAUGACCUGCAUUCCCCCGUUCUGGAUUUGUCAUAUUUUUUAUACGGGGCUCUCUCCAGUGAAGACAUGCCUCAAAUCGGAGAGCUGAUCAAAUUUUACUAUGGACACCUGUCGCGAUUUCUACAAGACUCGGGAUCAGACGUGGAAAGACUGUUUCCUUACAAUACCUUUGUAGAACAUUGGGAGAAAUACUCCAUUUACGGAUUCAUUAUAAUGACUUCUUGCCUAGAACUAUACUAUGUAGAUCGGGAGAACACAACAUUCGAUGAUCUCAAGGAAAAUGGUGACUUUAAAGGAAUUCUGGAAGCUGUUAAUUUGGAUGAUGAAACUUCAUAUUUAGAGCGCUUGGUAGCAGUUGUCCAGCAUCAUUGCAAUUUCAAACUGGUUCCUAAUUCUUGAGUACUUGAAGUGAUUUGAGUUUUCAAUAACGAUUCUGAAUUCCCAAUCAUUCAUUGUUUAUCAAUCUUUUUUACCUUUCUUAUCAGUUAGUGUGCUAUGCUUGAAGACAGACAGUAAACAAAUCUGAAGAAAAGUAGAUCGCCAAAGAGAUUUCUAUUACACCAGCCAAUGAGAGCGUAGCAAUUUCUCACAUGACCAGUUUGUUCGGUUGGUUACGCUAUCGGCUAACCUAACCUAACUGCGUUAUCACCUAACCUAACCUAACCUAACCUAACCUAAUCGCGUUAUCACCGAUCGCGUAACCAACCGAACAAACUGGUCAUGUGACAAAUUGCUACGCUCCCAUUGACUGGUGUGAUAGAAAUCUCUUUGAUUCGAGAGUACAAAUAUCAAACAAAAAUUUCAAUCCGUUCAAAAUAAUCAUCUCAUGUUCACUUUGUGCUCGAAUUACAAAAUUGAUGAAGGAUGUCAAAAAGGAUGAUAAAGAAGAGCUAGAUACGUACUGAGAAACAUUUCCAAAUGAAAAUCCAACCAUUCAGAUUCAUACAGUAGAAUUUGGCAAAUGUUUGCCGUGAAAUAACUAUUUUCAUGGCUGUUGAACAUUUAAAUAGAGAUUAAUAUUUUUUU